AUGUAUUUUGCUCCACAUACUCUCCUUCUCAUCACAGCUUCUGCAACAAGUGUCCUCUGCGACUUCCUGGGACCAACCUAUCCAACUCCUACGAAUCUUGCGGGUAACGGCAGCCAUGUCUUCGCUGCCUGGAAGAAUCUCAGUUCGACUCUCAAUGGAUUCAUCAGUGAUGCAAGCACUAAUCUGACGAGUCCUGCUGGAUUGAAGAACCUCACAUUCUCGGUGGGAAUGUUCUCAAUCCACGACCCUUCUGCGGCCAGGUCGUUGCAGUUUCACCACACCUCCAGUGAGAUCGCCAAUUCGUCUACCGGCGUGAAGAAGGUUGACGGAGACAGCAUAUACCGUGUCGCCAGCAUGACCAAGCUUUUCACAACCUUUGCGGGCAUGCUUGAUCUGGAAGCUGGUGACUGGGACCGUCCGAUCACCGACUUUGUUCCAACACUUGCAGCAUAUGCGGCAGCCAAUUCAGCUGAGAAUGACUUUGUGGAUACCGUCGCAUGGAACAAGGUCACACUUGCUGCUCUCGCCAGCCAAAUAGCAGGCAAUCCGAGAGACGUCUCGCCCUACGACCCUGGCGACUUCCUGUUGCUAGAUGGCACCAGUGAGCUGGUGAACUCGUUCGGAUUGCCACCCCUCAAUCAGAGUGAUCCAGUAGCGGUCCCUCCAUGUUUGGUCUCUGCGCUAUCAGGGAACUUGUCUUGUUCCGGCAAUGAAUAUGCCAUUGGCGCCGAAGCGCGACCACCUUUUUUCCUACCUUGGACAAGUCCUGCGUAUACGGACUUCGGAUUUAUGCUACUUGGACUUGCGAUAGCGAAUAUUACCGGCACCUCCAUUCACGACGUUUACCGUCAAAGCAUCUUCAGUCCACUGGGAAUGACUUCCUCAUUCUCGAGCGUCCCCGAUGCAUCCAAUUAUAACCAAUAUGUCAUCCCUGGAAAUGUCACCACAGCAGCAUUAACAGCGCCCGGCGCUCCCGAGCUCACCAUUCCUUCCGGUGGGAUAUUUUCUACGAUGAACGACCUUGCGAAGUUCGGCACAGCCAUUCUCAACGGAACUCUCCUUGACCCUGAUCAGACACGCAAAUGGAUGAAGCCGGUCUCGCACACUGCCAUGUUCGAAUACUCAGUGGGGAGACCAUGGGAAAUAUACCGCUACACGCAUCCUCAGUCCGGACUCGUUACCGACAUCUACACCAAGCUGGGCGACUCUGGCUACUACGGCGGAUACAUAGUGCUCAUCCCAGACUUUGAUGCAGGUUUCAGUAUCAUUGGCGCGAGCUCACUGAAAGAGCGAUCUCCCUUGACUGCUUUGCUAGCGGACCUUGUCACUGAGAGCAUGCUGCCCGCAUUGACAGCUCAGGCUGAAGCUGAGGCGAGGAAAAGGUUUGUGGGUACGUAUACCGCAGAGGAUGACGGCCUCAGCAGCAGGGUGACCUUGGCCACCGAUCCACAGGGGAAGCCAGGUUUGGUGAUAACCCAUUUCGUCAGCAACGGCACGGAUGUCCUGCGCAGUGGAGUGAUCGGUGAGAGUCCUGUUAGACUCUUACCAUCGAUAUCUGAUCGACCUCAUGGACGAAUGGCAUUCAGGACCUCGUCAUAUCAGGUUCCUGCAGGCGGACUGUUUUCUCGCCAAUAUAAUGCCAAUCUGGACUGGCUGACUGGUGAUUCGCCAACCUAUGGCGGCAUUGGUAUAGGCCUUUUCAUGUUUGAUCUCGAUGCUAGUGGCAACGCCGUAGCUGUCAGCCCUGCGGCUUGGAGAGUGAGGCUUGUCAAGAUUUCUUGA